UAUUACCUGUCACGUUUUUAAAAGUUCAAAAAUAUUAUUUUAGUGUCUUUAGUAAAAUAUUAAUUUUAAAACUAAUAAUAAAUAAGAGAAUAAAACUUUAUUUAGUAUAAACUUUGUAAGUAUAACUUUACUAUUCAAAGUGUAUUUAUAAAAUGAGACCUUACUUAGAGUUGGUAGAGAUUGGACUAAAACUACACAGCUUAGAGGAAAUCAAAGAAUUGCUCAGCCAUGUUUUAGAAGAUGUUGACUUGGUCAAGAAAAAAGGUGAAUUGUGGAUUGAGGAAAAAGAAACAUCAACUUUUGUGGAAAUGAAACAAUUCAUUACAGAGAAAACUUCCGAAAUUUUAAAACGUUGCACAUCUGUAACAAGUGAACAAACUAAAGAGUUAGAUGUACCAGCUUUAAGUGUAGAAAAAGGGGAUAAAGAUGAUGCCAGUUCUAAAACAGUUACAGAAAUUUCAACGUUAUCUUCAAAAGAUACUGUUUAUCUGCAAUUGACAGAAAAAGUAAACGAGAUUGAUUCUAAUUUCUCUUUACAAAGUGAAAAAUUCAAGAAACUCCAACAAAAACUAAAGGAUCAACAAACAAUUAUUAAAAGACAGGAAGAUACAAUACAAAAGCUGUUUAAUGAUUUCGAGAAAGAGAACAAUUCAAAGAUUAGUGAAACACAUAAUACAUUUAAUGAACGAUUUCAAGAAAUUCGAGUAGAGUUUAUGACAGAACUUCAAGCUGCAAGUAGUUUUAUAUCACAGCAACAAACUCAAUGGGAGACUUUCUGUCUAGAACUGAAGAAGAAACAAGAAAAAGAUAAAGAACACAAAGAACUUGAUGUCAGUACCAAGUUUGAAGAAUUAUUUGAAAAACAAAAAGAGUUGAGCAAAAAGCUUGAAAACAGCCUCAAAAUACAAGAGUCUCAAGCAAAAGACUUUGAAGAUAGAAACAAUUCUACUAAAGAAAUUGUUAAAAUGAAAGAUGAUCAAGGAAAACUAUUUUUCAAAAUAAGAAAUGUUCAAAUGGAAAUUACAAGAGGUAGAGAAAAAGAAUUUUUCUGUGAAAAAACUUGUCAGUCUGAUGUCAAGUGCAUUAAAAACUGUCUUCAUAUCAUAGGCCAGCAUGAUCAACAAAUAUCUGAAGGUGGACAAGAUUAUCUACAUGGAUAUCUAGAUGAAUGUUUGCGACAUCCAGGUCAUUUAGAUUUCAUUCCUGUUGAUACUUUAGGUUUGGAGCAUUUACCCGAAGAUAUUCGUGACAAAGAUUUGUAUGACCUGAUCAAAGCUGUAGCAGACCUAACAGUCAGAGUGAAUGUCACUAUGACCAGUCCACUUAGACCAAUGUUUUGGUCCGACACUAAAACUCCAUAUUCUUUGUACAAUAUGAGAGGAAGUCAAGAAUUAAGAACCGGAAAUGGGAUGGUACAAAACGUUGUAAAAAUCUUAGCAGAAACAUGUCCAUGCCAAAAAUGUCAACUUUCAGGCGACCCAAAACCUAAUUACUGGAGUGUUGGUGUGGGUACAGUUGUAAGCCUUGUGUAUGAUAACAUUGAAGCUAGUCACACGACUUGCAGAUUUUUCUACGAUACAGAAUAUAGUUCAGAGAUAGUUCUAAAAGUUGAAGACAAGAAUGUUUAUAAAAGCGUAGAAAAUGAUUUGUCAUUUUUUUAUUGUUCUACUUGUGAUGAAACACUUGUUGACAAACUCGAGAAAUCGUUGAAACAGUUGUCACGUCUGCAAGAAUGGUUAGAUUUAAAAUACAGAAAAACACGUGAUGGUCACAAAUUAAUGUUCCUAGUGUCACAUCCUCAUGGGUGCAGUAAACGGGUUUGUCUUGGUCAAUGGAAGGACAAAUAUACAAAAAGCGUUUUUAUAACAAAGUAUACCUACCUUACCUCUAUUUGUCCAGGAUGUAGUGGAGCUCCUGUCUACUUUCUGGGAGACAGACGAUAUUAUCAUAGUGGCAGUUUAAAUUCUGGACUGGGUUAUAACACUAAUGGUUGAAUAAAGUCACCUGUUUCUCGAAAUGUGCUUUUUAUAUUGCUGAUACAAUUUAUUUUUAAUGUAAUAAUAGAACUCUGUAUAAAAGAUAAAAGCAAGUUCAGGAUUUUCCUAACAUGCAAAUAUUGAUUAAUAUUCAUUAAUAAAACUCAAGAUUUGACUAAAGCUGGUAAAAAGUUUUUCUAACAGAAACUAUUACGAAACUGCAGCAAUGCUUAGUUGUAAAGAUAGUGGUAAGUGAUAAGAGCAAGAUCCAUUUAAAACAAUACAUCUAUUCAAGUCAGAACUUCGUGGAAUUUUGAACUGUUUCUGACGAUUUUCUAUUAAUUUAACAGUCGAUGUAUAUCGCUAAGAAAAGAAUUACUAGCUCGUUGGCCAGACGUCGAAAAUGCUAGUUUGACUGUUAUCAAGUGGACAACUAGAUAAUUUAAAUUUGGUUAGAGAUCUAGAUCUAGGAUUCUAGGUCUUAAUUCAACAUUGGUUUUUAAAGGACUGUCAUUUUUGUGAAUAGCCGAAUGCAAGGCUUUAUUGAUUCAAUAGUUUAAUCAAUUAAUGUUCAGGAAAACCUCGCGCAUCGUCUUCUAUGUCUAGGCUAUUCUAGAUCUAAAUCUUUAUCAUUGGAAUAUUAUAAAGUGUACUAGGUCUAUGGAGAAGGCGCGGUGGCUAAGUAAAAUGCGUGGCUUCCGAACCGGUAGUUCCGGUUUGAAUCCUCGGGUUUUGCUGUUUCACUGUUCUUUUUUUUUCUUUUUAUUUUUAAUUCUUUCUUUUUCUACUCUUCUGCUUUGCUACACAUUCAUCAAUUCAUUCCCCUUUGAAGGUAGUCUUGUGUAAUGCUUAUUUUUGUAGUAUAUCAUUGCCCCACAAGAAAUUAAAACCAAACAAUUUAAAAUCACAGAAAGCUAGAAUUAGUCCUUAAGCAUGGCCUCUAGCUAUUUCUAAGCAAACUAUUUAAAUUCAAAAAUGUUACGCAAAAGCAUUAUCUGGAAAAGGAUUUUGAUUGCAUAGAGAAAGUGAAUGGUCUACACAUCCAUUAAAAAGAGUUUCUGUUUAUUCUUAAAUUGGCUGUACGCCUUCAUAAAUUUCUGACAUUGUAUUUGCAUUGUCAUAUCAUUAAGUUAAGCUCAUUCCUUUUUAUGUACUUUGAGAUAAGCAAUUAAUCUCAUUAGUUUUUGUUUAUUUUAAAAUCUCAUAGUUAAGACAUCAGUGUGUGCUAUACAAGAUGUACCGUCAGUAAAAAUAAUCCAAAGUACCUUGCAUACAUUAUAUGUCUCCUUCUUUCUCGGAAGACGAUGGAUGCGCCCAGAUGAGUCAAUAGCUUUGGUUAUGUCUUGAGAUGGGGCAGAAUCUGGAAUGAAUGAUCAAGCCAAUUCUGGAGCGAAAGAGUUUGCCACAGUUCUUGCAUGUAUAUGCAUCUGUCCUAGGGCUUGCUGACAGGGCAGCUUUCUUUUUCUUUUUCUUGGCUGAUGCAGCUUCAUUUCUUUUGCAUUCGGCGAAGUUCGCAGCAGCACGUACAGUCUGUCUCCAUCCUGUCGGGUCUUGGGCUAUCUCCUCCCACAUACUGUGGUCUAUGCCCGUGGCUCUCAUGUCUCGCUUGCAGACAUCUCUAUAGAUUAGUCUUGGACGGCCCUUGGGUCUAACUCCUUCUGCAAGCUCAGCGUAUACAAUGUCUUUAUGGAUUCUUCCACCUGGCAUGCGAGUGACAUGACCCAGCCAGCGUAGUCUUCUCUGUUGAAGGAGCGCAUAGAUGCUGUGCAUAUUGGACCGUUUCAAAACUUCCUGGUUGGUGAUACGAUCCCUCCAGGAGAUGCACAUUAUGCGUCGCAGGCAGCGUAGGUGAUAGUUAUUUAACCUGUGUUUUUGGCGCAUUUAAGUUGCCCAGCUCUCACUGCCAUAAAGAAGUGUGCUCAGAAAGCAGGCAUAGUAGACAAGGAUUUUUGUUGCCGUAGUCAAUUUGGUAUUUUGCCACACGCGCUUGGAGAGUUUUGCCAUUGCUGCAGAAGCCUUUCCUAUUCUUUUUGUCAGAUCAGUGUCUAAAUCUAGGUUGCUGGCUAUUGUUGUUCCCAGCUAUAUGUAAAUUCAUACAUUAGUGCAAUUUUUUCAUUACUUGGUCUCUGACAAUUCGUGGUUUGUUAAAACAUUUAUAAACUUAUGAGGACGUUGUUUUUUUUUCUGUUCAGUGGUAGUCAAAUUUUAAAUUGGCAAUUUUACAUUCUAAAGAAAAUUCACCUAAUUAAAUAAAGAGUCAUAAACAACUGGCACACAAUAUGAAUUCAAUAAUAUUACAAAGGGACUUCAUUAAAGUAAAAUUACUUUUAUAGCUAAUUGAAAGGCAUGGUUGAUUUAAUUUAUAAUUAAAAAAAACGGGAUUUGUUUAAGUGAGUCCCGAAACUGAAGAAGAGGGGCAUUGUGUUAUAGUGUGAGAGAGAAUUUGACGUCUGCUUAUGAAGAUAGACAUUUAUGAUCUUGUCUUUGAUAAGAUGAGCUUUUAAAUAUAAUAUCUUGUAAGUGAUAUUGUUUCUAUUUAUGUAGAUUAAGAAUAUUGUAUUGAUUAUAUCUACAGCUAUUCAUAUUUCUUGAUUUAUAUUCUUUUCAUGAAGAGUUAGAUCUAUUGUUUCCAAUCAAUAUAUAUUUAUGUGCAGGACCUAAUAUAAUUCUAGUUUUUCAUUAAUUUGUUCUAAAUUGUGUGUGUGUUUGACUGAUGAGGAGGACAUGUGAACUGAAAGCAAGUGGAUGUUAGAAAAUAAUAUUGAUUCUAGUUUGACAUUUAAGGGUAGCCACCUAGGUAAAAAUGCAGAUUGUUACAUAACUAUUUUGUGUCAGAUAAAAAGAAGAAAUAACUAGAUUUAGAUUUAGAAGUAGUCAUAUAAUCAUUUAUAAUGUAAUUACAAAUUUAAAAUCCGUAACAUUGUCACAGUAAAUAUAAGGGACUAUUAAAAUGUGUAUGUAGUGGGUUGGGAGAGAGGUAUAAUACUGUAUGUGGUAAUGGAUUAUUCCUAGUUGAAUGCGUCUCUAGACCUAAAUCUUUGACCGACAAAAUAAAAAAAAAAUAUGUAAAUAGCGUA